AUGGCCCGGCUUGAGCCUGUUGCCACCGCCAAGCUCAGAACAGAGUCCCACAAAGUCGGUAAUUCUAUAGAGAAUCCGCCCCAUCUGAACGAAUAUGAUGUCGACGCUACAGAUAACGGGCUCGGCAAAGUUUGCAAUGCCGCCUGGAAAGAAGUCAAAUGUAUUAGUUCCGCUGGCGCCGACGGCAGAUACCUCGCGGUGCUCCGUGACGACGGCGCCCUUGUUAUCUGUCACGUCGAACGAGGAGAUGGUCGUGGGCAGGUCUGCCACAACACGGGGGAAAAGUCGCUCGGCAAGCUGGCUUUCCCUGUGGAGGGCAUUUCUGAAGUGUUUGCGGUAUGAUCCAGAUUUGCUACGACCUUGCAGAACAACCGCGGCUAUUCGGCCAUGUAUCGAAGCUACCAAACGCCGGCCGGCUAG